UUCAUUACGACCACUGAGAAAGAGCAAUUAUCAAAAGAAGGCGGCUUGUUUAGUUUGGUUUGUAUGAUUUAAAUAUUCGUAAAGAUUGCGAUGGAUUCGGGACUGAUUUGAUAUGAAUGAGAAUUUGGGAUUUAUUAAGACUCAAUUAUACGCAGAUGUCAAGGCAUUUGAGAAAAAAAAAAAGCGACGCGUACCGCCUGAACAACGAAGAAGAGUCUUUCGCGCUUGUAAACAUUGCAGAGAGAAAAAGAUUAAGUGUGAUGGUAAUGACUCUUGCGAGAACUGUCGCUUACUUGGCGUGGAGUGUAUAUAUACUCAAAAAAAUCAAAGUAAGCUGCCGUCUCGGGAAUAUUUAAACGAAUUGUCUGAGCGCCAAUUGUGCUUUGAAUACAUUUUUUCUAGGAUAUGCCCUGAAUUUAACUUGGAUACGAAAAAUUUAGUUACAGUAUCUAAGAAAUUAUCUGAGCAUGAACAUCUAACUCCCGAUCAACUCUCCUCUAUCCUUAAUGAUUUAGAUCCUAUUCUUAGUAUAAACAAUGAGCUAAAGAGAAAUCAUAUUAGCAACCAUGAUGAUAACUACGUUUCUGAGCCGAAUAGCAUUGAUCCUAAUUAUUCUCAUGAAUCCCUCGAAAAUGAACCAUCUAUCACUUUUGUUGAAUCAUUGCUAGUUGGGAAAAUGGAAGAUACGAUGUAUCUUGGUCCUACCUCGCUAGACCUCUUCUUGAAAAAUAUACAGAAUGAUAUGCGCCUAAACGACUUUUCCUCCGCUAAUUCUUUACUACAAAAUCAACCUACCUCUUCUUUCUUUAAUCCAGAAUUAGACGAGUAUUUGCUCUCUCAUGCCCGUGGCCUAAUCCCUUCUCUCACUGUAACAGAGUUUCUUGUGAAUACGUUUUUUACGAACAUACAAACAAAUUUAUUUUUCUAUCAUGCAUCCUUUUUUAAAAUACGUUUGGAAAUAUUUUUAUCUAUGAAAAAUCAAACUGAUCCUGGAUUUCUUUGCAUAUUAUUAAUGGUUCUUGCAUUUGGGAAUCAAUAUAUGAUUGAACAACAAAGCGAUCCAGUAGCAGCAAGUCCUCAAGUUUGCAUAAUAGGGAAUCGUCUCUUCUCUGCCGCUGUCAGCAUUUUCCCAAUGGUUUUGCUUCAGGGUAACACCAAUACAGUUCAGUCUGCUAUUUUAAUAGCACUUUAUCUUCAGCCUACCGUAUAUCAAAAGGCUAGUUAUUCUUACUUUGGUCUGGCUGUUAAAACCGCUAUCUCCUUAGGUUUACAUAAAAACUGUGAGGACUUGACCCUUAGUCAAAGCUCUAGAGAACUUCGAAAUCGCCUUUGGUGGUCAGUGUUUUGCAUCGACCGGUUCAUUAGCAUUGCAAUGGGUCGACCUUUUAGUAUUGCUCUAGAAAAUGUGACUACCCCUUAUCCGAACGUCUUAUUUGAAUUAGAAGUACCUGGUAUCCCCUCGAUGGUAACCAACAUGCGCGCAGUUAUCGAGUUAACAAAGAUCACGAGUGAAGUAUGUGAUUGCCUGUAUUGGAAAAAUUCUUCCGACCUUAAUACGCAGCUAUCUCAUGUUCGCAGGCUAUGUGCUCGACUUGAACUUUGGAAACGGAAUCUGCACCAUUCUCUUCUAUUCGAUGAGUCUUCGCCACAAAAUCCUUAUUUUCGCGUGAACGCUCAAUUACAAAUGAUUUAUGACAAUGCAGUUAUCCUUGCUACCCGAUUUGUAUUGCUAAAUAAACUUAAAGGAAAAGAUUUAAGUGCAGAAAACCUAAAGUAUGCCAGUAUGUGCGUCGACAGUUCUUGUCGUAUGAUUAAUAUCGCAUACCAGUUGUUUCAAAAUACGCGCCUGUCUAGUUAUUCAUUUUUUGACGCGUAUCUCCCCAUUUGUAGCGGGAUUAUCUUGUUAUUGUGCUCUCACAAUGAACCUUCUGUAGAAGUUGACGAUGCAGUAUCUAAGCUAUGGAAAGUCAUGGAGUUUUUAUCUCAAAGAAAUGAAAUAACUCGUCUAAAAUUACAAAGCUUGAGGGAGCUUUCAGAUCAACUAACAAACAAGAAGACGUUUUCUUUUGUUCCUGAGUCGAGUGACUUUCAAUUCAGCUUUCGAAAGUGGCAGUCUUGGGUUGGUGAUAUGUCUCAAAAUGACUAUUUGCAACAGCAAACGGCUUCGGCUUCGGAUGCCAUUUCAGUUGAUGAAGGUACUUUAGCUGAUCAUAAAAGUGUUGACCUGCCACAACCAGAUCAUCUUUCAUUAUCUGUCCCAAAUACUGAUUUCUUGUCUGAUCCAUCGUCGUUGCUGGUCCGUAAUGAUUUUUCUUCUGGUGAUGAUCUAGGCUUAAACAUAGAUAUAGACAAACAGUGGCCCGCUCCACCUUUUUUAAGUUGGACAGAGCUAUUGCAUCCUUCAAAUGAGUCAAAUCCUCCCUCUAAUACGGAUUCUUCGAUUUAAUAAUGUUUUGGAAUUUAAUUAUGCAGUACUUGUACCUUAGAAUGUUCAUAAUCAGAUUUAGUAAUAAGAAAAUUAAUUUUGGUCUCAUAGAAUACUUUAAUACUCACC